GUUGAUUAUUAAUCUGUGCACUUUUGACAUCACAAAUGCUUUUGAGUUUGACAUAAUCGAAAGCCAUUGAAAAAUUAUUUACAAGAGGAUUAAAUAUUUAGUAGAAUGCCGUUACCACCUGCUCUUGCUGCUCGUUUAGCUAAACGAGGCCUUUUAAGACCUAACUUAAACAAGGAUGCGUCAAAUGAAACAGUUCAAAUACAAGCAAAUGAAGAAAUUAUUGCAGAAGACUACGAUAAUAAACCCGAUGACGUAAAUUCUAAAGAACAUUUUUGGGAAGGAAUCGAAGGUGUUAAUGUAGACCCGAUAAAAGGACACAAAGGUUGCCCCAACAAGUACAAUAUUUACCACGAAUGUUCAAAAUUUUGUGUUAAAACUUGGAAGCAGGGAAAAAUAACACCAAGUGAGGAUUAUGUGGAACUCAAAAUAAAAGUAUUAGACAUAUGGCCUUUACCCCCGGGCUGGGAAACAGUGUAUGAUGAAGGAACAGGCCACUUUUACUUUUGGAAUGUUCAUAACAAUCUCGUUUCUUGGUUACCGCCAAGCCAUCCUCGUGCCGUACCUAGUGAAUCUGCUGCACAUUUACGUGAGGAACGUUUGUUAAAAGAAGGAGAUGAAAGUGACGACAGUAGUGAGGCAUCCGAUCAAGAAGUACCACAACAAUAUCAUAAAGAAAAAAGACCUGAUCGUAAAGAGCGAGAUAGGGAAAUGGUGCAUCAUAGAGAUAAGAGGAGACUUAGAGUAAAGGAUAACGAUUUAGAUCCAAUGGAUCCCGCUUCGUACUCAGACAUACCUAGAGGUAAUUGGACAGCAGGCCUGGACGCUCAUGCCAAAACUGGUGUUGAUUCUACUGCUUCGGGUUCUUUAUAUCAGAUGAGGCCAUAUCCAGCACCAGGAGCAAUACUUGCUGCUAAUGCUAAGCAAACUUCUCCACCACCAUCGCCACAUUAAAAUCAAUUUAUUGCAAAUUUAGGUUUUUAAGUGUAACUAUUAAAUUAUAUUGAGUUGGAUUA